GUUUGCCCAUUUUGAAUCAUGAAGAAGGGAGAAGGGUCUGUUUGCACGUUUAGUAGAUAGAGCGACAUGAGUAUCAUCAUUUGGGUGCAUGCUGAUAUAGACCAAAGGAAAACGAUGACGGUCAAUGAUGAAAAUGCAAAUUUUUUUAUUCGGCGGUCCGGAGAUUUAGAGUAUCUUCCCUUUUGGCUAAAAAGGGCGUUAGGUCCUUCGGGCAAUUUAUCAUUGGCCGGUGGUACCUUUUCAAAAACUUUUCUGGAUUGUGUAUAUGCGAGUCUUGGUUGGAUGAUGCGGAUUACAGCGCUGCUCUCUCUUUUUCUCUCUCGCACUUUUUUUCUUUUCUUUCUUUUCUCAAAUUACACAAUAACAAUGGUGUAUCCAGGGGGGCAGCCACCGAGUAUUCAGUCGUUUUCAUCAUACCCACCGCAACAAUCACUACAGUACAUGGACAACGUCAUGUCUAGAUUCGGCCACCAUAUGUCAGCGGACGAACGAACCUCUUUUUCACAAUCCAUGGUGCCGGUGCUGCAGAGCAGUGCGCCCGCCGGAUCUCGCGACCCACAACGCAUGGGUGCAACGACAGCUGGCUUGUCAAUGCCUUCUAACAACAAUGCCGCUACUACUACUACUACCACAAGCAACAAUACAUUCACGAACGCCACUACUACCACUACCAGUACCUCCGCACAUACCAUGGUUGCAACAACAAUAACAAAUCUUGGCACCAACAAAGAACAGCAACAACGACAACAAACGGCGCAUAUGGAGCUCGACUCUGACGUACAACAACAUCAAUAAACUCUCCUCUCUUAUCGAAUGUUUUUUAUUUUACAUUUUGUGUUUAUAAAAAUAUAACAAUAAGAGAGAGGAAUAGAAAACGAAAGGAAAAAAGUGACACAACCACCCUCUUCAAUUCGGGUUUAC